UUGAAUCUUUAAUUUGUUUUUAUCAGUUCAAUUUGGUGGUGAAAGAAGAAAAGAUUGACAAUGGGGAUCACUUUUGCUGUUUAUCUGCUCUAUGACCUUAGAUAAAUUAUUCAGUCUUUCUGAGCCUCAAUUUUCUCAUCCAUAAAAUAGGAAUAGUGAUAAUCCCUAUAUUAUAAGGGUAUUGUGAGAAAUGAAUGAGAGCCAAGUGAGUGCUGGAGAUGGAAGACAUUGCUAAGGAGGUAGACCAAAGAGAGAAUAGAAGUUUACCAAUGAAGAGGAGUUGAGUGGUGAUUUUAUGCAAUGGCUUCAAGCCACAGUUCUUCACCAGUGCCUCAAGGAAGCAGCAGUGAUGUUUUUGUUAAAAAAGAGGUAGAUUCAACAAAACAUAUUCGACCUGUGCAGUCACUGCCAGAUGUGUGUCCCAAGGAACCCACAGGUGAUUCAAAUAGUUUAUGUGUUGCCCCAUCUCUAGUUACAGAUCAACAUAGAUGGACUAUAUAUCAUUCCAAAGUAAAUCUCCCAGCAGCAUUAAAUGAUCCUAGAUUAGCAAAAAGAGAAUCUGACUUCUUCACAAAAACAUGGGGAUUGGACUUUGUGGACACUGAAGUCAUACCUUCAUUCUACCUCCCACAGAUCAGCAAGGAACAUUUUACAGUAUAUCAACAGGAAAUCUCUCAGAGAGAGAAGAUUCACGAGAGAUGCAAGAAUAUUUGUCCUCCUAAAGAUACCUUUGACAGGACUCUCUUACAUACUCAUGAUAAAUCCAGGACAGAUCUGGAGCAAGUACCUAAGAUUUUUAUGAAACCAGAUUUUGCCUUGGACGAUUCUUUAACUUUUAAUUCAGUUUUACCAUGGUCUCAUUUUAAUACCGCUGGUGGAAAAGGAAAUCGUGAUGCAGCUUCCUCAAAGUUGCUACAAGAAAAGCUGAGCCAUUAUCUGGAUAUUGUGGAAGUUAACAUUGCUCACCAGAUCUCUCUACGUUCAGAAGCAUUUUUUCAUGCAAUGACCUCUCAACACGAAUUGCAGGACUACCUCAAGAAAACUUCCCAGGCUGUAAAAAUGCUUCGAGAUAAAAUUGCACAGAUUGAUAAAGUAAUGUGUGAAGGAUCACUACACAUUUUAAGACUGGCACUUAGCAGAAAUAAUUGUGUUAAAGUGUACAAUAAACUGAAGUUAAUGGCCACUGUACACCAGACUCAACCUACAGUACAGGUGUUGUUAUCCGCUUCUGAAUUUGUUGGAGCAUUGGACUUAAUAGCAACAACUCAAGAGGUUCUACAGCAGGAACUUCAGGGCAUUCACAGCUUCCGGCAUUUGGGAUCACAGCUUUGUGAAUUAGAAAAACUGAUAGAUAAAAUGAUGAUUGCAGAAUUUUCUACUUAUUGUCACAAUGACUUAAAUAGACCACUGGAAGACGACUGUCAAAUUUUAGAAGAGGAAAGACUAGUAUCUCUUCUAUUUGGACUUUUAAAACAAAGAAAACUUAAUUUUUUAGAAAUCUAUAGUGAAGAAAUGAUUAUUACUGCAAAGAAUAUCAUUAAACAGUGUGUGAUUAAUAAAGUUUCACAAGUAGAAGAACUAGACACAGAUGCUGUUACGAAGCUUGCAGAUCAGAUGAGAAUGUUGAAUUUUCCUCAAUGGUUUGAUCUGCUAAAGGAUAUUUUCUCUAAGUUUACAGUUUUUCUACAAAGAGUUAAGGCAACAUUAAAUAUCAUUCACAGUGUUGUUCUCUCAGUUCUUGACAAAAACCAAAGAACUAGAGAAUUGGAGGAGGUUUCACAACAGAAGAAUGCUGCAAAAGAUAAUUCACUGGACACAGAGGUGGCUUAUUUAAUCCACGAAGGCAUAUUUAUAAGUGAUGCAUUCAGUGAGAAUGAAUUAACACCUAUAGCAAUUGACACUACCUCUCAAAGAAAUGCAUCUCCAAAUAGUGAGCCCUGCAGCAGUGAUUCAGUAUCUGAACCAGAAUGUACUACUGAUUCUUCAUCCAGCAAAGAGCAGACAUCAUCAUCUGCUACUCCAGGAGGUGUGGACAUUAUGGCAAAUGAAGACAUGAAAUUAACUGACUUAGAACUAGGAAAGCUGGCAAAUAAUAUCCAGGAAUUAUUGUAUAGUGCCUCAGAUAUAUGCCAUGAUCGAGCUGUCAAAUUUCUCAUGUCAAGAGCAAAGGAUGGUUUUCUUGAGAAGCUAAAUUCGAUGGAAUUCAUAACACUUUCUAGAUUAAUGGAAACCUUCAUUUUAGACACUGAACAGAUCUGUGGAAGAAAAAGCAUGUCAUUACUUGGAGCACUUCAAAGCCAAGCUAAUAAAUUUGUAAACAGGUUUCAUGAAGAGAGAAAAACCAAGCUCAGCCUCCUCUUAGACAAUGAGCGCUGGAAGCAAGCUGAUGUUCCUGCAGAAUUUCAGGAACUUGUUGAUUCUCUAUCAGAUGGAAAAAUUACUUUACCUGAAAAAAAAUCAGGGGCUACAGAAGAAAGGAAACCAGCAGAAGUUCUCAUUGUCGAGGGACAACAGUAUGCUGUUGUUGGAACUGUAUUGUUGUUGAUAAGAAUUAUCCUUGAAUAUUGCCAAUGUGUGGAUAAUAUCCCAUCUGUUACUACUGACAUGCUUACUCGUCUGUCAGAUUUAUUGAAGUACUUCAAUUCAAGAAGUUGUCAGUUAGUUCUUGGAGCUGGUGCACUGCAAGUUGUUGGACUAAAAACAAUAACUACAAAAAAUUUGGCUCUUUCUUCACGUUGUUUGCAGUUAAUUGUGCACUACCUUCCUGUGAUCCGGGCCCAUUUUGCAGCCCGGCUGCAGCCUAAGCAAUAUAGCAUGCUUAGGCAUUUUGAUCAUAUCACUAAGGACUAUCAUGACCACAUAGCUGAAAUAUCAGCUAAGCUUGUAGCGAUAAUGGAUAGCUUAUUUGACAAACUGUUAUCUAAGUAUGAGGUGAAAGCUCCCGUUCCUUCUGCCUGUUUCAGGAAUAUUUGUAAGCAAAUGACAAAAAUGCAUGAAGCUAUAAUUGAUCUCCUUCCAGAAGAACAAACACAAAUGUUAUUUUUAAGAAUUAAUGCAAGUUACAAACUCCACUUGAAAAAGCAGUUAUCUCAUUUAAAUGUGAUAAAUGAUGGAGGACCUCAAAAUGGGUUGGUCACAGCAGAUGUAGCUUUUUACACUGGAAAUCUUCAAGCCUUAAAAGGCCUUAAAGAUUUGGACCUAAAUAUGGCUGAGAUCUGGGAACAGAAGAGGUGAUGAUAUACUGGAAAACUGGGUAGCCCAUCUGACCAUGGGAUGUAUGUGUUUAUGAAGAAAAUAUGGAUGCUUAUGAUUCAAGAACUGAACCUGGAACCCAAAAUGAACUGGGGUAGGGAAAUGGGAAAAGGAAAGUAUCAGUGUUGGGAAACUGGGAUUCAGUGGGAUCUACAAGGAAUGCCAAUUUUGUGCUUCCUUCAGUGAGGAAUAACUGAUCAGGUGUCUAUAACAUUUUUCAUUCUCUCUGGAAACAGACUCAGGUUUCUUUGGACCAAAUCCAAAAGAACACAUAGCUGUAACACAGCUGUAGUUGACUAGAAUGCUCUGUAUACUUUAUAUUAAAAAAUGCUUUGCAUUUCUUCAGUGCAAUGAAAUUCAUAUGGUGUCCCACCUUAUUUAAUGAUGGUACAAUUUAAAAUAUUAAAAUCUUAGUCAACUUCUGUAGAAAGUUUUCUCUAUGAAAGUAAAGCUGUUUGAAAAUUAUUUUUUUACAGAUCUUUCUAUAAAAAAUAAACAUCUUUUGAUUGCUUGGA